CUGGGAUGACUGCAUUUUGAAGCUGCGACUUGAUUUGUGACACACUAACAGACUUAUCCGGUGUGCACAGAUUACACCUGGUGACAGACGGAGAAGAAUAUUUCACAGUUUGCUACAAGACGAUGAGAGAUCGGGAAUAAAAGAACAGCCUCAGCAGGCACCGAUCUUAGCGGGUGGGAUUUCUCUCUUACAAGAUGGCAACGGCAGCAUCUGCAUCUGAUCUCAGGAUUGUGAUGCUUGGAAAACGCCAUGAAGAAAAGACAACACUAGCUGACUUCAUCACAGAAAGAAAAGGUGGUUCUUUUCAAAGAACAAACAAGCAAUUUGCUCUUAUUCAUGGAGAGUGGAAGAACAACCCAUUCACACUAGUGAAAACAGCAGACGUCUUCAGUUUGCCUCCAGACAAAGUGAAACAUGAGAUUGAGAUGUGUGUUUCUUGUUGUCCUCCUGGACCGAAUGUUCUGCUGCUCGUGGUAAACCCGUCUGACUUUACUGAACAGGACAGACAAAACUUGAAGUUGAUCCUCAGCUGUUUCAGACAAGACGCCUUUGAAUACUCAAUGGUUGUAACAGCACACAAUGACAAGGGGUGGAACUCCUCAGUGAACCAGCUCACCAGAGACUGUGGACAGCGGCUACACAGAAUCAACUUUAAGGGAAGAGAUUUUUCUCACUAUGACCUUACAGAAUUAAUGACUCAAAUGGAGAAUAUAGUGAAUGACAACAGGGGGGGACAUUUAGUGUUUGAGGAAGAGACUCUCCCCAUGAUGGUGCCAGAACCUGCAAAACCAAAACCCCCUCUAAACCUGGUGCUGUGUGGGAGACAUGGAGCCUGGAAGACUUCGGUAGCCAAUACCAUUCUGGGACAAAGAAAGUCUGGUCCACCUGCUGACUCAGAGUGUGGUAAACAACAGGGAGAGGUGUGUGGACGUCAGGUUUCCGUGGUGGAGCUGCCUGACUUGUGUGGAACACCCAAACGGACAGCAAUGAAGGAAUCCCAAAAGUGUGUCUCCCUUUGUGAACCCGAGGGCGUCCAUGCCUUCAUGCUGGUCCUACCUUUGCAUUCUCUCACAGAUGAAGACAAGACAGAGCUGGAGACAAUCCAGAACAUUUUCACACCUAGAGUCAAAGACUUCACCAUCAUUCUUGUGACUGUGGAGGCAAAUCCUGCCUUUCCAGCAUUUCUGAAUUCUGUGAAGGAAGACCAAGAGAUUCAACGGUUCUUACAGAGCCUUUGUGAACGACAUGUUGUCUUCAAUGUCAAGGACAAGCAACAGGUCUCUGAAGUGCUGAAUGCUGUGGAAACAAUGAGUGCUGGUGGAUCCAGAGGCUUCACAGCAGAUAUGUCUUCCAAACGUCCAGCCACGGCAAUUACAAAACGCGUAUCUUUCGCUAUGUUUGACAGUUGUCAACAUCAGAACAUACUGCGUCAGAAGAUGGUGCUGAGCAAAGAGCCUCUCAGGAUGGUGCUGAUCGGGAAGACUGGUUGUGGGAAGAGCGCCACGGCAAACACGAUUUUGGGUAAAGUAUGCUUUCUAUCUAAAGUCUGUCUAAAGUCAGUGACGACAGACUGCCAGAAAAAAACAGCAGAGAUCGAUGGGCGUCUCGUCACUGUGGUCGACACGCCCGGUUUAUUCGACACAACUCUGUCCAACGACAAGGUUAAAGAGGAGCUGGUGAAAUGCGUCAGUAUGCUGGCUCCUGGACCUCAUGCUUUCUUACUGGUGCUGCAGAUCAGUCGCUUCACAAAGGAGGAAAAAGAAACUGUGGAGCUGAUCAAGGAGUUUUUUGGCGAGCAGUCGAAAGAUUUCAUCAUGCUAAUAUUCACCAGAGGAGAUGAACUCGGAAAUCAAACAAUCGAGAGUUACUUAAAAGAAGGAAGUGGUGAGUUUAUGGAGAAACUGAUGACAGAAUGUGGAAGACGAUAUCAUGUCUUUAAUAACAACGACAGAAGCAAUCGCACUCAAGUCAGGGAACUGCUAAAGAAGGUGGAGUCAAUGAUGAAGCAAAACAGCGGUCGCCACUACACCUCAGAGAUGUUCCAAGAGGCCGAGGCUGCCAUAGAAAAGGAAAUGCAGAAGCACAAGACGGAGACAGAAAGACAGAUCCAGAGAGAGCAAAACCACCUUCAAAGAAAACAUAAAGAAGAAAUGCAAUUGAAGAAGAAAAGAUUUGAUGAGCUAAAAGCUCCAUUUGAACAAGAAACUGCACAGAGAACCCAGCAAGUGAAAGAAAAGGAGGAACACAUUAAAAUGACGCAGGAGAGGAUCAAGAGAGAAAGAGAAGAGAGAGAAGAAGAAGAAAAGAAAAAGAAAAUUCAGGAGGACGUCCAACAACGGCAGUGGAAUCAAAAAGAUGAUUCUCUGAAGACACAAAUAGCAUUGGCUUCAGAGAAAAGAGCAGACAGGACGGUCUUAAUAAAGAGUAGAGAAAAAAUGAGUAAGGAACGAGUGGCCUGGGAGCGGGAACAACGGGAAUGGUGGGAGAGACGCUACUAUGAGGAUGAACGGAGACGAGAGGAGGCGGAAAGACAACUCGCCAAGCUCCGAGAAGAAUGUGAGAGGGAGAUAAAUGAGAUCAGAAGAAGAGAAGAGGAUCGAAUCAGAAGAGAACAAGAGGAAAAAGAGUUGAAACAAUUACAAGAAAGUCAUCAGAGGGAAAUGGAGGAAAUAAGGAGGAUAAAUGAAGAAAAUGCCAGAAAGCAAGCAGAAGAGCGCAGUGAAUUCAGACUCAGAUACGCUCUGGAGGCUUCAGCUGAGACGGAAAAGCAUCAGCGGGAAUUAGAGGAGAUGAAGCAGAAGCAGCAACUACAAAAUGACUUUUUGUUAGUGCAGCUGACAAAAAAGAAAAUACACCGGAAAGACUUUGACAAUCUACAGAAGAGACAAGAAGAGCAAAUGUAUACGCUGAAGCAGGCGCUCUUCUUCCACACGAAAGAGGAUCAGGAACAGCAAAUCAAAGACCUGAAGAAAAUACAUCAACAGGAGAGAAAUGACUGGAUCCAGGAACAAGUAGAGAAAGCUGCACAGGACAAGAAGUGCAGCAUUUCAUAAGAUGUUUAGUUUUUCUAGCAGCAACAGUUUCAGCUGAUAAGAGCUGGGAUUAUUUUGUCUUGAUCCUACUGAAUUUAUGUCAAGUUGUUCAGGUACUGUUACUGUAUUUAACUAAGGCGUGACAAAUAAAUAAUGUAAAUGUUUAAAAACUGUAAAAAAAUAAAAGAAAAAACAGAGAAAUUUAAAAACUGAAAUGUACGGUCACACAUUGUUAAAGAACAAAUUACUAUUUGCAAAAAUACAGAUUGUGGAUGUGGACAUUAUUAACAGAUUUGGCCUGUGUUUUUACAGUAAAUAAUGACAUUUUUGUGUGUUUAAAUACAGAGAAACUAAUUUUAAGCACAAAUGUUGUGAAAGAACAAAUUAUUGUUUGUAAAAAUGUAGACAGAGAAUGUGGACAUUAUUGACAGUCCUGUUUGGCCUGUUUUUUUGAUUGUUUUUACAAUUAACGUAAAUUAAUAAUUUUUUUUUCUGUGAUUUUACAAGACAUUUACUCAACAAAACUGGAAAAAUGUGUAAAAUAAAACCUGUUGAUCACUUCA